AUGGAUCAGAUGAGGAAGGUCAUGGAUGAAAUGAGGGAGAACAUGAGAAGGGCGAAACCCGUAGAUGAUUUAGUUCAUCGAACAGACUCUCCUUUCAUGGCUUCUAUCAACAGUCACCCCUUGCCUCCUAAGUUCAAGAUGUCUUCCUUGGACUCAUAUGAUGGAACGUGCGACCCUUUUGAUCAUAUUGCUACUUUCAAGACUACGAUGCACCUUCAAGAGGUUCUAGAUGAGAUUAUGUGCAGGGCCUUCCCUACUACCCUUAAAGGGCCAGCACGAGUAUGGUUCAGCAAGAUACCUCUGAAUACUGUGAGUUCUUUCGAAGAAUUGAGUAAGCUAUUUGUUAACAAUUUUAUCGAAGGACAAAGACGUAAACGUUCCUCGUCCAGCCUGUUAACCAUAGAGCAAGGGGAAAAUGAAGGCUUGCGGUCCUUCAUUACUCGUUUUAAUAGGGAAGCCCUAACAGUGGACAAGAUGAACGACAAGUUGUUAUUGGCGGCCUUUCAUAAUGGAGUUAACUCAUAUUUAUUCAUCCAUAAGCUUUAUGAACAAGAGCCUCAAAUCGUGGCUGAACUCAUCCACUUAGCCCAAAACUUCAUGAAUGCAGAGGACGUAAUUAUAGCUAAGAAGAAGAAGAAAGUUGAACAAAUGGAAGCAAAUCUCCCACGCCAUCCUGAGCAAGGUCCUCGUCCAAAGAAGGCACGGACGGGAGAGAAAAAGAUCUAG